CACGUUUGUAUUGAAUCCAGAUAAAUGUAAAUAUUACGUCUACAAAGCCAUAUAAUAAGAAAAUGGCGGCCGUUGUGGUUAGACGAUAAGAAGCUCUCCCAACAUUUUGUGUUUACUCAGAAGAUGCGUAUACUGUCAUGGCGGCACUUCUUCGAAGUAGGCGAUUAUUGUGACGUUUAGUUUAAACCGGGUUGAUGCGUGUUGCUGAUGCUGUGAAUUUGAAUUCGCAAGGUUUGGAUUGUUCAAGUUUUGAAAAUGGAUAUUAAGAAUUUAACGUCGAGGAAUUUUUUCCGUUGUUUGGAAUCAGAUUAUUCAGAGUUAAAUAUUAAUGUUAAGAUACCUUCUGAUAUAAAAUUCGCGAUUAAGAUGGGUUUACAACCAGUCGAUGCGAAGUGUGAUAAAUGCAAUGGUGUUCGUAAAAUUAGUUAUAGAAAAGGCACUAAUUCGGUUUAUUUCCGAUGUCAUAAGUGUAAUCUUAAUAGUUCGGCAUUCGAUGGAACUUUCAAGGGUAAAUUUGGUAAGGUAUCAUGGGGUACAAUAUUCGCUUUCAUAUGGCACCUCAUUUGCAUAGAUAGUUCGUUGAAAUCUUCGUGUUUGGCCGUUGCAGUAAGUUGUACUACUGGUGUUGAUUGGGCUAAUUUCAUUAGGCAUGCGAUGAUGGUUUCUCUUAUUAAUUUAACAAGUUUGAAAAUUGGCGGCCCCGGAAAAACUGUUGAAAUUGACGACACGGUUGUAAGUAAGCAGAAAUGCAAAAAAGGGAGAAAGGUGAAAGAAACUAAGUGGGUGGUUGGUGGCAUUUGUAGAGAAGACAAAAACUGUUUUUUGUGUUUUGUAAAUGAUCGCUCUGAAACCACUCUUAAUUGGGUUGUUAGCAAGUUUGUUCAGACCGGAUCUACAAUAUAUACUGACAAAUGGAAGGGAUAUAAUCAUAUUGAUGAUUUAGAAGGAAUACAAAUAAAACAUGAGACUGUAAAGCAUGCCAAAAAUUUUGUAAAUCCGCUUAAUGGUGUACAUACGCAAAGUAUUAAAAGGUUGUGGGGGCUUCUUAAGAACCAAAAAAAUUUACCGACUCAUUACACGGAGGAACUUUGUGAUUCAUAUUUAUAUGCCUUUAUGUAUAAAAAGUUUCUUAAAUGGGGUAGUUUGAAGCCGGGCGAACGUUUUGAAAUAUUUUGUCAACAUUUAAGCAAAAUUUAUCCAGGAGCAGGCCGUGUGCCUGAAUGGAAGGAACCAGAAACCGUUUCAGCAGUCCCGGGAGUGAUACCGAAGCGUGCUAGUGGUGUCAAGAGACAAAAGGAGGAACCAGCAGUCCCGGAAGUGAUACCGAAGCGUGCUAGUGGUGUCAAGAGACAAAAGGAGGAAAAGUGUUGUCGUAGUGUAAAGAAACAAUUAUUGAUGAAAAAAGAUAAUACUGAAGUUUGCGAAUGUAAUACUUUGUCAAAACAGCAUGCUAAAGUUGAUGAAUGACUGAUACUAAUGGUUGCAUUUAGUCAUGGAGGUAAAUUAGGAUCUGGAUCUGGAAAGGUGCUAUGGAAUUCCCUAUAUGAAUUUGAAUUUCCAGUCUAGAAUUAACCGUUGCUUUGGAAAAUCUUUCUGGAACAUUGUCACUUGUGACCGAUAAUGUCAUUUUAGACUUGCGCAUUAUCCGUAUGUUGUUACUUUAGAGUUUUAUUGAGGAAGGCUUCCCAUGCUGUUGAUAUCUUCAUUUCUUGUUUGAAGUUAAUGCAGUGCUUAUUCCUGAGGGUGUUUAGGCCAAUGUUUAUGGCUUCUAGCCAUCUGAGGUGUUCUGUGCGGAACGAGGUGUGAAUAAUUCUGGCUAGAGGGAAUAGCAGCUCUAUUUCUGGGUCGGAGGAGUAUACCGCUAAGGCGGUGUUGUUUCUAUGAUGUAGAGUGUCCGCUUUGUGUUCCUUGAUCCUAGUUACUAAGUUGUGUUUAGUGGACCUGAUGUAGAUUACUUCGCUGUUGUCUCUAUGAUCGAUGAUGGGCAUGGAGUAUACUCCUGGAAGUCUGUUGCUAUCUGGAGCAUGUUUUCUGUUCUUAAGCCAAUCGAAUAUUGUGGUGCACCUCCUAAAUGCCAAGUGGACAUUCUUUUUCUUGGCUAUCUGGUUGUAUAUGACCUUAAGUGCUGGGUUGUAUGUGAUUGGUAUGUAGUUAACCAGGGAAUCAUUGGAAUGAGAGGAGGUGUUGGAUUGUUGUUGGAGUACCUUGUUGUUUAUCUUGCAUAAGAUGAUGUGACACCUGCAACAUCAUGUGACCCACCACAGUAUAAGAUGGCAGGGUUCAACACCCUAAUCAAAAGAGCAUAUUCACAUUCCUCGUCAGAAUCUCAAAAGAAACUCGAUAUCACCGUAUUUGGAAUUUAAAACAUUCUAUCCUCUAUAUCACAACGGAUUAUAUCCUUGCAAAGCUAAUAAGAUCUUAACAAACUUAUGAGAAAAACAUUGUCUUGCUAUACUUUGGAAAUAAAAUUAACAAUCACUAUUGAAAGCCUAAGUCGGUUACUAAAUGAUCAGUUAGAGAUUAAUAAAAGUAAAAAGUAUUUCUGUAGAUGAUGAUUAAAGUAUUCAGCUAGAAUGCAAGAAUCUGUGAAGAAACAUCAAGAAAUAUGCUUUACUAAUGAAUCUUGUUAAUAAUUGGAAAUUUAAUGAAAAUUUUAUUUGUCCUUAACAAAAGAAAGUAUACUGGAAGCUGGCCUGAGUAUGAUUAUACUAAAAAAGUGUGGAACCAUUUUAAAAUAAAAAAUCUAGGUGAAUGGCAUGAUUUGUAUUUAAAAUUGUAUGUUUUGUUACUAUCUGAUGUAUUUGAGAAUUUUAGAGAUUUAUGUUUGUAUAAAAGUUAUGGAUUAGAUUGUGUUUGGUAUUAUACUACACCAACAUUAGCUUGGGAUUGUAUGUUAAAAUAUAUAGGAGUUCAUUUAGAAUUAUUAACAAAUUAUGGGAUGUACAUGUUUUUUGAGAAAGGAAUAAGAGGUGGGAUAUCUCAGUGUUCUAGAGGGGAUGAAAAUUGCCAACUGAUAUAUCUUGAUGCUAAUAAUCUUUAUGGAUGGGCUUUAAGUCAAAAAUUACCACAAAGAAACUUUAAAUGGAUGGAUUCUGAUGAGUUAGAAAGUAUCAGUGACACCCUGACUUCUGAUAAUCAUACUGAUUAUGCAUUUGAAGUUUAUUUAGAACUGCAUAAUAAAUUUAAUGAUCUUCCACUAGCUCCUGAAAAUCGCUUUGCUAGAACUUAGUUCAUCUGGUGGAAAGACUGAAAAGUUACUCUGUCAUUUCUAUGAUAAAAAUAAUUAUAUAGUACAUUAUAAAAUAUUAAAACUCAAGAGCUUAGGAAUAAAAAUAAAAGUCCGCAGAGGUAUAAAAUUUACACAAUCAGAUUUCAUAGCACCAUAUAUUAAGUUUAAUACUGAGCAAAAGACAAAUGGUAAAAAAUAAUUUUGAAAAAGAUUUCUGGAAAUUAAUGUCAAAUUUAGUGUUUGGAAAAUCUAUGCAAUCUGUGAGAGAACAACAAAACAGAAUUAUCCAGUGAUGAAGAAAAGGUUCAGAAAGCAAUAAGCAAACCAAAUUUCAAGUCGAGCAAUAUUUAGUGAACAUUUAGUAGCUAUUCAUAACUAUAAAACUAAAGUGUUAUUCAAUAAACCGAUUUAUAUUGGAUUUAUCAAAACUAUUGAUGUCUGACUUCCAAUAUAACAUAAUUAAGGAAGAUUUUAAAGAAAAUGUUAAAUUGUUAUAUUCAGACACCAACAGUAUGAUUUAUGAAAUAAAAAAUUUUGAUUUCUUGAAAUUCAUGUAUCAAAUAAAUCUAUAUUAUUCUUCAUCUGAUUAUUCUGCUCACCAUCUUCUUCAUAGCGAUAAAAAUAAGAAAGUAAUUGGAAAAUUUAAAGAUGAGUCGAAUGGGGAAAAAUGUUAGAAUUUAUUGGAUUGAGAUUUAAAUGUAUUAUUGGGUCGUAUAUUCAGUAAAUAAAAAGUUAAAAGGAAUCAAGAAUGCUGUGUUAAAGAAAGAAAUAGGUUUUGAAGAUUAUAAGACUUGUUUGCUCAAUCAAAUUGAGUAAACAGGCAGUAAUUAGAAGCCAUAAACAUGAUAUUUAUACUGAAGAAUUAAAUAAGAAAUCUUUAAGCUGGAAGAAUGAUAAAUGAUGGUUGAUUCUUAACUCAACAGAUACGUUGGCGUAUAGUCACAUACUAGCUGUGUGGAGCUCUGGAAGUGGGUCGAGAAUACGUGCACACAAAAAGUUUUUUUUUAAUUUUGUAAAAAAAAAAAUUAAUAAUAAUAAUCAUAAUAAUUUAACGGUAAAAAGAAACCGUCAAAUAAGAAAUAAAAAGGAAAAACAAAAAAUGAAUAUUUCAUGUCUAUAAAAGACAUGUCUGUAGAAAUUUCCAAGAAAGAUGAACUUCACAAGUUAAAACAGUAGAUGAACGUAAGUCCUAAGAUUGAACAUCUUUGAUAGGGAUCGAAUUGUCAGUCGGUCAGGGUUCUGAUCUUGUCAUGUUUCAUAAUGAGUGAAAAACCAAUCAGAAAGGGGAAGUAAGUCGACAUUGACCUAUCGGAAUGUUUGGUCUUGGACCCAAAAGAAACUUAUAAAACUGUGCAAAAAAAGGAUGUGGCACUCUCGGUUCUCUGUUCUUGGUUCGUAGUCCUCCCAUCUUGGAUGUGUGUGAUUCCGUAGAAGUAGGAAAGAAUUUUUGAAUAUCGUGAAAACAAACCUCCUUUGGAGCGUUGCCCUGUGCCACUCAAGUCUCUAGGACCAGAAUCACCUGAAGUUGUGUCGAGCGCCCCGUGACCUAUGAUUGCUUCGUUGUCUCCGCAGAAAGGAAGGAAAAGAAAACGUGAACAUUCGGACUUAAUCCUUGCUUUCUGUGCAUUGUUCAAGGAAAUUUUGUAAGAAAUUCUUAUUUUUAUUAAACAGUGUAAUGAUGAGGAACCUAUCUCUGAGAGUUUUUUCCACUCCCAUAUGAUAGUCAUGACUGCAUGACGAUCCUGACUAAUGCUAUCAAUCAGCAAACCUCACAGCAGCAUAGCUAUACACAUGGACAUAUUUUAACAUUAGUUUAGCACAUGGAUAUGUCUUUACAUUAGAAACUGCUUAAAGUCCUAUGGACUUUUUAUUGGUUUGUUUCUGUAAAUAAUGAUUUCCUUCAUUAGAUAUUAGGGGCAGUCAAAUGAAAACGAGACAGGUGGGAAAAAAGUAAGUAAACUGUUUAUUAUUUCAAAAGUAAUUGCCAUAACUGUUGAUAUAUUUAUCCCACUGUGAGACAAGACAAUCAAUGCCUUCAUAGAAAAAUGUUUGUGGUUGCUACAGAACCAUGAUUGUACCCAGGUGUGCACCUUUUUGUCCAAAGCAAAUUGACAGCCACGAAUGUCUUUCUUCGGAGCUCCAAAAAUAUGGAAAUCACAUGGGAGAAAUCGGGACUGUAUGGCGGAUGUGUAUGGACUAUGCUGCAGAAGUUCCCAGCAAAACUUCUGUAGCGUAGUCAAAACAACCUUGGUAACAUGUGGGUGGGCAUUAUCCUGCAACAGAAUAAUGCUGUCUGUCAACAUUCCUGGGUGUUUGGAUUUGAUGGCACGCUUCAAUUUUUGCAAAGUUUCUAUGUACCGCUGUGCAUUAAUUGUGGCACCAUGUUCCAGAAAGUCAACAAGCAGCGGACCUCCAUAGUAAUGUUGGACGCACACACGACUCGCCAACCUCACUUCGAGCACAUCUAACAGACAAAUGGCACAGUGGUGAAUGUUCAAUCUGUUCCUUCCUGAUUCCCAAUAGAGGACACUUCUAUAUACACACCUACCUGCAUUACCAACUUCCAUGCCACACUUGUUAUAUAGUCUGCCUCAUUUUCAUUUGACUGCCCCUGAUACUUUUACAUAAUUAUGCCCUGCUUACCUUGUUUUUAUAAUCAUUGGAAAUAGAAAUUCUCUUAUAUUUUUUAUCUAAUUCUUCUUCAUCUACAUCAAAUUCAUUCAUUAAUUCAACACAUUCAUGCAGUUUAAGUGUUUUACUAUCUUUUAAAGUUAAAGACAAUGAUAUUCCUGGAAUACUAACUUUUGCUUCUUUUGGUGGUACUUUUUCAAGUCCAAGUAGCUUUGCUGUGUUCUCAUUGCAUUUCUUCGCUAAUGCAUUAUGUUUAUCACGUUCUUUUUGAUACGCCUCUUUCAAUUUGUUAAUAAUAUCUUUAUAUUUUUUAUUCUUUUGUAUCGAGUUACUCAACAUUAUGCCUUUACAAUCUGAUUCACACAUUUUAGAAAAUAAAAUAACAAACAGUGAAUGAAAUUGAUGUUUUUGUUUAUCCAAAGCAUCUAAACCAGUGUUUUUCAACCUUCUUGAAUAUGCGACCCCUUUACAA